ACAUAAAGAGGGGGAGGAGAGCGGAUGAGACUCGCUGGCUUCCCUCACACUCCUCAGACGGGGAGCCGAGUGUGUGUGGAGAACACUGCCGAUUCGUACUCCUGUGGAUCUGUAGAGCAGCCUCAGAAGAAGAAGACUCCGCCCCCUUUCAGGCCAUGCCCCGCCCAUCUCACCGAGAGGCCACGCCCCCUUCCCGUAGCCACGCCCCUGAAGCCCAGAGCACAGAAACCACACGCGCCCCCUAAACCUGUGCACCUGCGACCCGUUCCCCGUCUCUCCCUGAGACCCGGAGGCCCGUGUGCCGGGCCGAGUGUGGGCCGGAUCAUCCGCAGCAACUCCAGGUUUCCGGUUGUGGGUGUCCAGCGAAGGAACGGCAUGGAUCCUCCGGCCGCACAGGAUUCUGGGGAUUUUGGCUCUGCGGAAGGACUAGUGUUUAAACCCAGUGAAAUCUCAGAGCUCUUGGGAUUGUCCAGCGUAAACUCCUUCCAGACGGACUCUGUGAAUGACGUCGAAAUUGCAGACGGACUUCAAGCAGAGCAUGAGACACUUUCCAGCGGUGGAUUGAAGGAUAAUCACGAAGCAACGGAGCCGGUGCAGAAUCCCGAAUCCAACGGGAAGAUCCCGAACCGGGACAGCGGGAUCGACAGCCCCUCGUGCGGGGCGGAGGGCGAGGGCUUCCACAACGAGGACCGCAUCGAGGAGGAGGAGGACCGGAGCGACACACACACCGAGAGCAUGUGUCCCGCGGGAAGCAAACGGGAUUCGACUCCGGAUGAAGACAGUGAUCUGGACGAGGGGAACGAGGAAGAUCCCGAGAGCCUGGAACUCAGAGGUUUGCAGUCUGAGUCUCAGAAGCUGUUGAAUAUUGCUAAAGAGUUGCUUCAAACAGAAGAAGCGUAUGUGAAACGACUGAACCUGCUGGACCAGGUGUUCUGUGCCCGUCUGACAGAGGCUAGUGUCCCUGCUGACGUCAUCACAGGAAUCUUCUCCAACAUCUCCUGCAUUCGCCUCUUUCACCAGGAGUUCCUCCUGCCUGAACUGCAGACACGCAUCACACAGGAGUGGAGCUGUAAUCCCCGCAUAGGAGACAUCCUGCAGAAGUUAGCGCCGUUCCUGAAGAUGUACGGCGAGUACGUGAAGAACUUCGAUCGGGCGAUGGAGCUGGUGAACACGUGGACUCAGCGCUCCGGCGUCUUCAAGAGUGUGGUGCAGAGCAUCCAGAAGCAGGACGUGUGUGGGAAUCUGACGCUGCAGCACCACAUGCUGGAGCCGGUGCAGCGCAUCCCCCGUUACGAGCUCCUGCUCAAAGACUACCUGAAGAAACUCCCCGACGGAGCGGCCGACCGCAGAGACGCCGAGAAUGCUCUGGAGCUGAUCUCCACCGCUGCAAACCACUCCAACGCUGCCAUCAGGAAAAUGGAGAAGAUGCACAAGCUGUUGGAGGUGUAUGAGCGGCUGGGCGGAGAGGAGGACAUUGUUAAUCCCGCUAAUGAGUUCAUUAAAGAAGGACACAUCAAGAAGAUGUCGGCGAAGAACGGCACGGCUCAGGACCGAUACCUGUAUCUGUUCAAUAACAUGGUGCUGUACUGUGUGCCGAAGCUGAGGCUCAUGGGACAGAAGUUCAGCGUUCGGGAGCGCAUCGAUAUCGCCGGGAUGGAGGUUCAGGGAAACGUCAAGCAGAACGUCCCGCACGCGUUCACCAUCAUCGGCAAACAGCGCUCGCUGGACCUGCAGGCCAGGACGGCUGAGGAGAAGGAGGGCUGGAUAAAAGUGAUCUCAGCGACGAUCGAGAAGCACAAGCAGAACAGCGAGACGUUCAAAGCUUUCAACAGUUCCUUCAGCAGAGAGGAGGAACACACACCUGACGCAGCGGGCUCAUGGGCCAUAUGUGAGACAGAUGGAGCUCAGCAGGAGCGGAAGAGUUCCAAGAGGCGGGAGAAGGAACGAGAGACGUGCAAAGGCUGCAGUGAGACCUUCCAUUUCACCAAACGCAAACAUCACUGCAAGACCUGCGGAGCGGCUGUGUGUGGGAAGUGUUCGCGGGUGUGUGAGAGCAGGAACAUGCGUGUGUGUAAGCAGUGUGACGGCCAGCAGGGAGAGGCGACAGCAGGGGGCGCCACUGAGCCCAAGAAGAGACUCCAGCAGUUGUCAGCAGCUCCAUCUUCUCAACGGACAGGAAAAUCUGAAGAUUUGGACCAAGAGCCGAGUGCCCAUCAGUAAAGCACAACCUCAGGCUGUGAACGAGAUGAAGUGACGUCAGACUGAUUCCUCAACCGAUUGGGCGAAGCUCCUGUCACAUGCUGUAAAGGGAGGAGCCAACAAGACGUCAGCCAAUAGGACGCUUUCCCUCGCCUUUGGUCCCUCCCCUUUUAUAAACAACUCCUGUUACUUGAAAUCACUUUAUCCUCAGCACUUUUUUACUCUUUCUUUUGAAGAUGAUUUUUCCCUCGUUCACCGCUCUUCUCCGGCACUGUUGGACGCACUGUCCCCUUCCUCGUGAACAUCCUGAUGGCUAUGAAGUGUUGGUUUAUUUUUAUUAUUGUUUUGCCUUUCCUAGUUAAAGCAUUAACUCGCUGCCAGUUCACAGCAGUGUUCUCUGUGGGACUGGACACUGGAC